UGGACCUUUUCUCCUAGUUGUUACCUACAGGCAACAGCAGUUUCUAUCGUGUUAAAGGCAGUGUGCGCUUGUCCUCUGUUUUGAGGAUCCGGCAGCGAUGAUUUUCUAGCAAGAAGCGCCGCUUUUGGAACAUGCCCGUACGUGGAAGAAAAAUCUCCAAAGAAGGAACGCCAAUGUAGAGCAUAGUUCCCGAUUGGGCGGCACUCUUUGCAGGGAAGCCACAACCUGUCGGGAGGGAAAGGGGGUUGCAUUCUGGAUAUUUGAUCCGCGCGCCCUCUGGGUUUGUGCGCCCUCGCGGUGUGUGGAGCGGUCGGGAGCGUCACUCGCAUCCCUAGCGCGCUUUGUCGCCGCAGCGCUGCUCGACGCCGCUCUUUUUUCAAACGUUCCAAAAUGACCACGGUGUGGACGGCAAGCUUUGUCAUCAUUUUCGCGCAAGGAGUUUGGAACCUAAAGUUCGAACGCGUGGACGUCCCUGGAGCUGUGAUGAGCGGGGAACCCGUCCUGCUGUUGUGCGAAUACAACCUCGAGGGUGCAGAACUCUACUCGGUCAAAUGGUACAAGGACAACGUCGAGUUCUACCGCUACCUGCCUUCGGACGUUCCACCAGGACAGAAGUACGACCUCGUCGGCCUCUACGUCAAUUUGUCGAGAUCGAACCACAGUCGUGUGUUCCUUGAGCGAACGGAUCUCAACAGCGAAGGCAGCUACGGCUGCGAGGUAUCAACGGAAGGGCCCGAGUACAGGACCAUCAUAUUUGAGAAAGACCUCAACAUCUACGUGCUGCCUGAUAUGGGUCCGGCUAUUGAGGGCGUCAAACCUCGCUACCAGGUGGGAGACGUCCUUAACGCGACCUGCCGGUCCAGACCAUCGAAACCAGCCCCAUCACUUCAGUGGAUCAUCAACGGCGAACCUGUCCCAGAGGAGCAGAUGAUCCGUUCGGGUCCGUUCCGGCGUCCAAACGCAUUGCAAGCGUCCCUGUCCAUGCUACGUCUUCCCAUCACGGGUGACCACCUGGCCAGAGAUUUCUUACGUCUCCGCUGUGACUCCUCCGUAAACAAGAACCACUCGAGAAGCAGCCAAGAGGUGCGGAUCGGCACACAUAACCAGCCGGCUACAGAGAAAACUUAUGAAGAGGAAAACGCUCCGAGCAUCGGUCCUGCCAGUUCCUACUACAACGUAGGCGACCUACUGGAGCUCAACUGCUCCGGUCCUGUGAGCACGUAUGAAGUGCAACUCGAAUGGUUCAUCAACGACGACGAGGCACCGGCGUCGUCUGUUCGCCAUUACCCAAUCCAGCGUGGUGGUGAGGUUGUCUUGGGUCUUCAGCUCCCAGUCCUUCCCAAGCACUUCCGCAACAACGAGUUACGAGUCCGAUGCACGGCCACCUUUUCUAGGUUACUGACCAUGAGCUCCGAAGAGACCAUACUGGUCGCCUCUAGGCGAAGCUCGGGAUUCCACAUUGACGGAGGCAGCAGAAGCGGAGUCUCGUGGCUGUGGACGCUAAGCUUGCUGGUCUUCCUGUAGAAGACGAAGGAAAGCAAUACGUCUUAUGCAAUCAUGGCCACUGAGGAAUAUCUACGCAGCAAUACCCCCAGUGUCAUUGCUGUCCGUCUUUUUGUCAGAUCCGACAAGUGCCUCAAGCCUCCUCAAAUAAAUCGAGUCUAUUUUUAA